CAGCGUCCAGGCUGCAACCUAAACACGGAAGUAGCUCACACUGCUGCUGAGGCAAAAGUUAAGCGUCUUGUGUUGUCGCAUAUUAGCUACUUAAAACAUUACUGUUCCUGUGAACAGUGGAAGACGUAGAAACGUUAGGUCACAUUGUUUGUUUUAGAUGGCUUUCUCUUGGUUUCGUGUCGCUGUGCCGCUUUGUUUUGCGGUUUUAUCGGUGGUUGUCGCCAUCAUUGGACAAACUCGGGCCAUGCCGCCUCUCCUUCCCGCUGCACUCGGUGUCUGCUCGCUGACCGGGAUGGCGCUCAUUUGGAAGGACAUAAGCUCGAAGAUGAAAGGUGACAACCGGACGUUAAGCAGUCUGCUCAGUCAGUAUCUGGCGGUGAAGGUAGUGGGCUGGUUGGGCAGGCGGCAGAGAAGCAAACUUGAAGCCGAUACUCUCAACGUGAAGCAAGUCCAGGAGGAGACUCUGCUGAAGCGCCUGGGCAAAAACGCUAACACUUGUUAUGGGAGGCAGUAUGACUUCAGCUCAAUUAAAGACAGCAGCGGCUUCCGAGCACGCCAUCCCAUCACCACAUACGAGCACUACCGCGAGCUCAUCAGUCGCGUUGCGGCAGGGGAGGAGAAGGUGAUCAUCGGCGAGAGGCCGCUCAUCCUGGCGAUGACCUCUGGGACGUCAGGGCCCAGUGCCAUGCUGCUCAGCACCAAGGACACCAACAUGGAGUUCUUCCUGCAGGGAGUGACUUUGUGUUUGGAUGCCAUGCGAAGAUCGUUUCCUGCAACUGACAGCCUCCAGCGAACCACAAAAUUCUUCUACUCACCUACUUUUCGCCAGUCUGAGGCCGGUAUUCCCAUCGGUCCGAACUCCUCCACUCCAGCCUCCUCCCGUCACAUGCUCAACCUCUACACCACCCCAGCACCUGCCUUUGAGGUUCCCAGUGAGAAGGACACCCUCUACCUGCAUCUCUUGUUUGCUCUCAAAGACUCCAGUGUGGGAACUCUGGAGUCCAACUUUGCUUCCACAGUCUUCUAUGCUUUCAGUGCUUUACAGGAUCGCUGGCAGGAGCUUGUGGAGGACAUUGAGCGAGGGAGGGUCAGCAGUGCUCUGGCUCUGGAGCCCAAAGUAAGGUCCAGACUCGAGGUGCAAAUGAAGCCGGACCCAGAGAGGGCAGCUGAGCUCCGGGCCCACUUCCAGGAAGGCUUCCGUGGGAUCGCCAAGCGGCUGUGGCCUCACCUCCACUUGGUACUGGCAGUGGACUCGGGCUCCAAUCAGAUCUAUGGGGAAAUGCUGAGGGAGAACUACUGCCAGGGAGUGCCUUUCUAUUCGCCAUUCUACGCUGCAACUGAAGGUCUAAUAGGGGUGAACCUGUGGCCUCAGGAGCCAAACAGACGCUACGUGCUGUGUCCUCGUUCAAUGUUCUGCGAGUUCCUGCCAGAGAGCAGCCUGGAGGAGGAGACGCCUCACACUCUGCUGAUGGAGGAGGUGAAGGAGGGACACAACUACGAGCUUGUUAUCACGAACGCUUCAGGACUCUUCAGAUAUCGCAUCGGUGACAUUGUGAAAGUAGUCGGGUUCCACAACCAGUGUCCCAUUGUUGAGUUCCAGUACAGACGGGGUCAGAUGUUGAACGUUCGAGGGGAGAAAGUUUCUGAGAUGUUGUUCCUCAGCGCUCUGAGGAAAGCCGUUUCCCAGUGGCCAGGAGCUCAGCUGGUCGACUACUGCUGCAGUGAGAGUGGCAUCAUGGGAGAUUCGAUAGGUGGCUCAGAUCCUCAUUACCAGGUCUUCAUAGAACUGAAAGGUGUGAGAAACCUCACAGAGGAACAGCGAUACAAGUUGGACAUCUGCCUCCAGCAGGACUCGGCCGUCUACAAAUCUUUUCGCAUCAAGGGCAGCAUCGGACCAAUGAGGGUGCAGCUGGUGGGAGAGGGAGCGUUCAGGGAACUUCGCAAGCGCAUGAUGGCCUUUUCAAACACAUCACCCAACACCUUCAAAAUGCACAGAGUGCUGCGAAGGAAAGAAUACGCCGACUUCCUCUUGGGGAAAACCAUUUCCUGAAACCUCCCAUUGUGGAGAACAAGACAGCUUAUGGACUCUUGACUGUGGUGAGCGCUGACUGAAUGAAAUAUCUCCAGUGUUUUCAAUUAACUACUUAUGGAUGAGUUGAUGAAUUGUGCAUUUGGGAACACAAAAACACAACAUCCUUAAUUUUUUAAUAUUUUCAAAAAUGUUAAUUGGACUGAUUUAUUUUCUUGACCAUAUUUAUAACUUUAUUAAAGUGAACUGUUAAACUGU